AAAGUAAAUAGAGGUACCAAACUAGAUAAUUUUAAAAUUUUAGUGUUUAACGAUAAAGGCAAAAACUUCAUCACAAAUUCUUACAAAUCUAAAACUGGUACUCAACAUGGUUAUUUCGAUGAUGAAUUCAGAAGACUUUUCAUUGGUGAAGCUAUUAAGGGAGGACGAAAACCCCCUAAAACAAUGCCAAUUGUAAACCAAAAGCCUUUUAUGCCCACCGGUGAGACAAAAAUACAUUCCACACCUGGUGAUAACUUUGGAACCUUUACUAAAGAACAACAAGCGUUUAGUGCGUUACUCAAAAAACCGAAGAAAGGAACCGUCAUACCAACAGGAAAAAAUUUUGUCACUAAAAACCCCAAGAAAGGAGGACCUGGUUACAAGGAUAUAUGCAUUGGACCCUACCCUGCCGCGAUGAAACCUCCGAGGGCUAAGAAACCUCAUCCACCUUACGGAAAGGUUCUAGAUGGGCCUUUACACGUAAACAUGUAUCCAGAAGAAUACUUCGACAAAAAUCCAUACCCGCUCCCUCCAAAAAUGAAACCAGGACCGGAAUAUAAAGCAAAAGAGCUAUUUUCAACAUUUGCAGCACCAGCCAAAGAUCCUUAUGUCAGCGAAUAUGACGCUGAUAAAAUUUUAUCGAAGAAAUACAAAUCCAAAAAUCUGUACGGCUUCUGGUGCCCUCAAUCCAUGGCUGAAAAAACUAUGUACACUAUAUCAACCAUACCUGCUAACGCCUUCAGAGUCACAGUUGACAAGUACGCCACUGCAGAACCGCAAUACACUAAAUAUUUGUUGUAG